UUUACACUUACAGCAUGGGUACCAAUGACGAGAUGCUAUAUUAUUUAAUUUUAUUCUAUUUUUCCUAUUUGAACUGGGCUUGAAGAUUUUGCUUCAUUUAUUUAUCUUUCUAAAAUAGGUUUUGGUUUGCAUGAUAGCAUUUGUGUUUUCAUGAAGACAGAAGCAAUCAGCCUAUGAAGAACCUAAGUUCACUAAUCUAUAUGUAAAGAAUCUGGAAAAUGGGUUGACUGAUGAUCUCUUUCGGAAAAGUUCUCUGUAUUUGGGAAGAUAAUCAAUGCUAUUGUAAUGAAGGAUGAUUAUGGGAGAUCUUGGGGCUUUGGGUUUGUUAGCUUCGAGUUGCCAAAAGAUGUUAAGAAGGCUAUGUAGGCCAUGAAUGGUGCACAACUGGGAUCAAACAAUCUCCAUGUAGGAAGGGCUCAAAAAAAGGCUGAAAGAGAGCAGAUGCUAAGUUGCCAGUUCAAGGUAAGGCAUAGCCAACGGUUUCUAAAAUUUAAGGGUUUGAACGUGUACAUGAAAAAACCUCGUUGACUCUGUUGAUGACAACGAAUUAUGUGAACUUUUCAGUACUUCCAGUAAAAUAAGUUCAUCAAAAGUGAUGCUCAAUGAUGAAGGAUUUGAGUAGGGGAUUCGGUUUUGUGUGAUGGACUUUGAAAGCUAAGGAAACGUGAAGUAUCAGAGAGAAGAAAAAGAAAUGGCAGAGAGUGCUGUGAACUUCUUAAUAGAAUACUUGGGGCCUUUGCUGGUGAAUGAAGUGCAGUCGUUGAAGGGGGUCCGCGGAGAAGUCCGUGAACUCAUAAAUGAGUUUGAAAGCAUCAGAUCCGUCUUAAGGGAUGCCGAUGCAAGACAAGAUACCGAUGAAGGCCUCAAGACAUGGGUGAAACAAAUAAGAGAAGUGGCUUAUGACGUUGAGGAUGUUCUUGACGAGUUCAUGCUCGGCCAAGCACAAGAGCAGCAGGGUGCUCGGAGAUGCAUCGAUUUUCUUCAUAUCCUCAUCAGGCAGCCUAUGGUGCGCCAUAAGACUGCAUCAUCGAUACGAGAUAUCAAAACCCGAGUUAGUAAGAUUAAAGAAAGAAAAGAUGCUUACACUCUCAAUGGAAUAGAGCAAGGUUCAAGCUCAAACAACAUGAGUGAUCAAUGGUAUGAUCCUAGAUUGAAUGCGCUUUUCAUUGAGGAAGCUGAUCUUGUGGGCAUCGACAUGCCAAGGAGUCAGUUGAUCAGAUGGUUAAUGAAUGGAGAUUCGAGACUCUCAACGAUUUCAGUGGUCGGGAUGGGUGGCCUAGGUAAGACCACUCUAGUAAAGAAAGUCUAUGAUAGCCAACAGGUGAAACAACGUUUUGACACAUAUGCUUGGAUCACCGUCUCCCAAUCGUUCAAACCGGAGGAACUGCUUCGAAGAAUGAUAAAGCAAUUCUUCGAGGGGAAGAAAGAUCCAUCUCCACAAGGAUUAGACGCGAUGACACAGGUCGAGCUCAUACAAGUGCUACGGAGCUACUUGCAGAAAAAAAGGUAUGUGCUUGUUCUUGAUGAUGUAUGGGAUGCACAUGUAUGGAAUUUCGUAAGCAAUGCAUUGCCCACUGGCGAAUAUGGUAGCUGGGGAAUGAUCACCACACGCAAAGGUGACGUUGCAUCAUCUUCUUCCAUCGGACCCUCCAAUCACAUCUACAACCUUCAGCCACUGCAUCCAGAAAAUGCCUGGUCCCUCUUUUGCAGGAAGGCGUUCCAAUCAAACGAGGAGAACAGCUGUCCUCAGGAAUUGGAGAAGCUUUCUCAAAGUUUCGUCAAAAAAUGCCGAGGACUGCCUCUUGCGCUUGUUUCAUUGGGUAGUCUUCUGUCAAUGCAGGACAAGACGUAUGUUGCGUGGGAGAAGAUUUACCGUAGCCUUGCGCCAGAGUUUGAAAGCGAUAACAGUCUUAGAAGAAUGAUGAAAAUAUUAUUGCUCAGUUUCAAUGACUUGCCUUACUACCUGAAAUCAUGCUUCUUGUAUUUGAGUAUUUUCCCCGAAGACUAUCCGAUUAAGCGUAUGAAACUAAUUCGCCUAUGGAUAGCCGAAGGUUUUGUAGAAAGAAAAGUAGGCAGGUCAAAGGAAGAGGUUGCUGAAGGUUACCUCAAUGAGCUCAUCGCUAGAAAUCUCAUUCAAGUGGCAAAACGGAAAUUAUAUGGGAAGGUGGUCACUUGUCGCAUCCAUGAUCUUGUGCGGGAGAUGAUUAUUCCAAAAUUCAGGGAGGAGCAUUUCUUUGCAUCUUCUGUUGAAGAGAACACAAUGCCAUAUAACAGAAUCCGGCGUCUGUCCAUUUAUAAAGAUGAGAAAUUUCCAAAAUUUGAUGCCUUCUCCUGCCUUCGCUCGUUGUUCAUUUUUGGUGCGGAAGGACUAUCUAAUGCCCCUGCAAUCACUUCAUUUUCCGGCUUAAGGUUGUUGAAGGUGGUUGAUCUUGAAAACACGUCCAUGGAAAUCUUUCCUGAUGAUCUCACGAGCUUGUUGCAUUUGAGAUACUUAAGCUUGAAGAAUACAAAGAUCAAGAAGCUUCCUAGUUCGUUGGGGAGGCUAAAGAACUUAGAGACAUUGAAUCUUAAGGGCACUUUCAUACGUGAAUUGCCCAUUGAGGUUCUCAAGCUCAAGCGCCUAUGCCACCUUCUGGUUUACCGCUAUUGUCACGGGUUUUAUUUGCCAUAUAAUACUGUAGAUGGAAUUAAGGUGCCUGCUGGAAUCGGGAGCAUGAGAUCCCUACAGAAAUUGGCAUUCAUAGAGGCAGAGAGUGGCAUCAUUAGAGAGCUGGGGAAUCUCACCCAACUGAGGAGGUUAUGCAUUAACAAGCUAAGAGUGGAAGAUGGGAAUGAUUUAUGCACUUCCAUUGAGAAAAUGAAUCACCUUCAAUCCUUUUCUGUGACAUCAAUGGAUGAGGAAGAGGUUAUCAACCUGCAUUCUUUAUCGCAUCCUCCGCUACCUCUUCAACGUCUAUAUUUGAAAGGGCGUUUGGAGAAGUUGCCUGAAUGGAUUGCCUCGCUUCAUAAUCUGGUAAUAGUUUGUCUGAGAUGGUCCGAAUUGAGGGAUGAUCCACUCAAAGCCCUUCAAUCUCUGCCCAAUUUGGUGGAACUCUAUCUAGAUCGAGCUUAUGAUGGAAAAGAGUUAUGUUGCGAGGGUAGGGGAUAUCCAAGACUUAAGAAAUUAUGGCUCUUUGAGUUGAGCGGGUUGAAGAAUGUGAGGGUGGAGAAGGGAGCAAUGUCUAGCCUUGAAGAGCUAUAUAUUAGACGUUGCGAAGAAUUAGUGGAGGCGCCGUUGUGGCUCGAACACGUCACUAACCUCAAAGAACUCUACCUGUGUGGUAUGUCGGAGGCUUUCUUGAAGGGGCUCAGAAAGGAUGGAGCUGAAGAGUUAGUGGAUUCCAUUCGCCACAUCCCACUCAUACGAUAUAUAGACACUCAGACAAAUACUUAUCGGGAUUUGUCAUGAUUCUGAAGAGUUAGUGGAUUCCCUCCUUCCUAUUUACACUUUAUAUUUUUGUUCUGUCUGUUGCUUUUCUUUCUUCUUUUUUCUUUUUUUUUUUUAAUUGCAUUUCUUUAUCUUUUCUUUUUUAAAUGAAAUUUUUACUGUUGUUUCAGGGAGGCCGGUUCCUCUAAAAUUACAAGGAGUAAGCUUUGUAUGUUCCUUAUAUCUAAGCUAUUCAUCCGUUUUGACCAUUCAUUUUAGGGCAUGGCCCCUCCAGGUGAUUAGAUAGGCAUGAUCCUGGGGCAUCCCAUCACCAUGGGUUUCUUUUACUUGAUGCACAGGUCAGAUGGUAUGCACAUUUAACAUGGAAGCGGAUUGGGUGGUGUUGGGCGCUGUGGGGUCCACCUGAUUUGUGUGU